GAAAAAAGAAAAAAGAAAAAGAAAAACGAAACCAACUUCUUCUUGUAGAAACAAAUAUAAAGGGAGAUUCACAGAUUCUUAAUUAAUGAUUCUAGUUUCCCUGUUUCUGUUUUUUUCUCUCACAUUGGUCCGCGCUUCUUUCCUUCCAGCUUUUCCCAAUAGCUUGGUCGUUUUUGGAUGUUGAUGUGUGAAGCGGGGUGCAUAUUUGAGGAAAGUUGAAUUUUUCUGGUUCUUGAUCAAUAAUUACCAGUUGCAUUCUGCAAAGAACUAAGAAAGAUCUGGUGGCAUAAGGGGCAUUUGUCAAGUUUGAGUUUUAGUUCUGGUUCUUGAUCAAUAAUUACCAGUUGCAUUCUGCAAAGAACUAAGAAAGAUCUGGUGGCAUAAGGGGCAUUUGUCAAGUUUGAGUUUUAGUCGGGGCUGAACAUACUAUCACUUUGGUAAACAUGGCAGUGAUGGAGACAAUUGCAACAACAUCUCUUCUUGGGCGUCAUCCUUUGCGUGGUAGAAUUUCUGUUAGGGAUUUUUCCUGCAAACAGAAAUCAAGUAAUUAUCAGUUCCCAGAAACAGAAUUUAUUGGUAGAAGAAUUGUUCUUUCUCAUCCUUUGCCAAGAUUGAAAGGUGAUAGGUUAGUUAAUUCAUCGGUAAAGGCUCGUGCAAUAGAGCUGACAAAGGAGGUGCAUGCGUAUAGAGAGGAAGAAAGAACUCAAAGGAAUUGGAACUACGGAAUUGACACUGGUAAAGAUCGAAAACCUAAAUUGUGGCCACCAGAGAAUAGAGCUGAUCGUCCUUCCUCACAUAACCCCUUGUUUCGUCAAGAAAGGAUGGGUUGUGGUUGGUUUGCUGCUAUAUUUGAAUGGGAAGGAGUUAUAAUUAAAGAUAACCCUGAGCUUGAGAAGCAAGCCUGGUUGGCUCUCGCUGAAGAAGAAGGCAAAUCCCCUCCUCCAGCCUUUACACUCAGAAGAAUAGAAGGGAUGAAGAACAAGCAAGCAAUUUCUGAAAUUUUGUGCUGGUCAAGAGACCCGGCAGAAGUGAAAAGAAUGGCUGCAAGGAAGGAAGACAUGUACCAAGCUUUGCAAGGUGGGGUUUAUAGAUUUUGUGCUGGUUCUAUUGAGUUUGUGGAUGUUUUGAUGCAGUACAAAAUACCAAUGGCUUUGGUCUCUACUCGUCCAAGAGAAACUCUAGAGGCUGCAAUUAGAAAAAUUGGAAUUGAAGGGUGCUUCAGUGCCAUUGUGGCAGCAGAGGAUUUUUACCGGGGAAAACCCGACCCAGAGAUGUUUCUAUAUGCUGCACAGCUUCUAAAAUUUAUAUCUGAGCGCUGCAUUGUAUUUGGGAACUCCAAUCAGACUGUUGAGGCUGCCCAUGAUGCACGGAUGAAGUGUGUGGCUGUUGCAAACAAGCAUCGGGUGUACGAGCUUGGGGCUGCAGACCUGGUGGUAAGGCGUUUAGAUGAGCUUUCAGUUGUUGAUCUAAAGAACCUUGCUGAUAUGGAGUCAGCUGAAUUUGGAUCUGGAGAGCCAAAGUUGGAGAUGGAGACGGAGGAGGAAGAAGAUAGCCCAUCCACCUCAACAGCAGUGGAUGACAGCAUUUUCUAGUAACCCCCGAAAAUUGUACAGAUUUAAUAUAUGCUUUUUACGAUUCUUGAUGGUAAUUGUUCUAUUUAUGUGUACAGCAACAGAAGGAACAAAAAGAAAAAGAAAAUAAAAAGGGUGGUCCGCAUUGGACAACCACGAGAUUGCCAUGGAAGCAUAGUUUGUAUCAAAUAUGUUCAGAACUUCAAAUACCUAUUGGUGCUUCCUUCUAUUUUAA